GCCCCCAUCCCGAUUUUCUCCAAGCACGUGGAUUUCGGAGUUGCAGCUCAAUGGAGCUCCUCGAACACGAUGUGAUGCCCCUUGUUGCUCCGGGGUUGCUGGCCCUGGACACAGGCACCCUGGAGGCCCUUCUGCAGGGAUCCAUGAUGACCGCCCCUGCAUGCUCCGGGCGGCUGCCCCUGGCCCUCAAGCGCCCUGGAGGCCUUCUUCCUGGUCUCCGCGCCUGCGGCAGCCUCGCGUCGACGUGCCAGGCCCCGCGUCCGUUUGCUGGCCCGCGUGCCUGUUUGCUGCUGCGGAUGACUUCGCACCUCCUUUUUGCUUUAUGUGAGCAUGUGUGCCCUUGCCCUCCCCUGUCCCAACAACUCGUUUUUCGCUUUAGUUUUUUCUUCGUUUAUUGGGGCACAUAGACCCUUACCUCGCCGCCGCGACGCCUUUUCAAACGGAAACGCUGGCCGUCCAGUAUAAAGAGCUUGUCCCAGCGGUCCUUAUGUCGUCUGCCCGCCUGGGCCUCGGCCUCCUCGACCACCUUGGGAGGCCACUCCGAGCGCUCGACCUCUCGCCACGGCUUCACUCAUAACGACUCCUGCCUGCGGAGGCAGGGUCGCUGCGGCGGCUGUCUCGCCUCGGGGCAUGAUUCUUGCCGCGCGAGUUUCGGUGGUGGUGGUGCCGGCCACACCCACGGACCCUUCUCAGGGUUCUCCGCCGGGCCUUCGUCCUCCGUCCGGACGCGAACUCACGCGCCCGCUGCUCGACCGGCCUCCAACCGACCGCGCCCACCUCUUCCCACACGCGGGCCUCCGGCGUGUCCUCCGCUGGUGCGGGCCAUGUCCACGUCACCGUUUGCUGGUGCCACCGGCGGCCGCCCAUGCCGAUUGUGCGCAGCGUCUGCGCGACGUGCGCCUGGUCCACUUCCCAGGACUGUUGCCGCUCGCACCGGGGCCCCUCCUCAUCCUGGGGUGGCGGCGGUGUCGGCGUGCGUGGUGGUGGUAGUGGAUGCGGCUGCGCCGGUGGCGGCUGCGGCAUCGGCGUCGGUGGCUGCGGCAGCUCUCGGUGUUGCGGCUCCGGCGUCGGCGGCUGCUCCUAUCGGUGCUGGCGGUGGCUGCGUCGGUGGCUGCCGCGAUGGCGACUGUGGCCACGACGACGGUGGGUGUGGUACCCACAGCGCCUCCUCCUCCUUCUGCACUCUGACAGGCGUUUCUGCCACGCGGCCUUGGCGGCGACUGCCUUCCGUUCCACCACUAUCCGCUCAAACCGUCGCAGCGUGGCGUUCCGCGCGUCCGCGAACUCGCGCAACUCCUCCAGAUCCUCCGACGGCAUCGCGUCUCCAUAAAUUUAUAUACUUUUAACCCCUUGAGAACCCUGAACAUCGAAGGGGCCGUUCAAUCGGAGAAUAUAAAUAUGGUAAUAGAACGGCCAUGGUAGGGAGGGCGAAAAGUAUCUCAAUUCCAUCUGAGAUAAGUAGGUGUUCGUGAUGAUAUAGUGCAACAUUUUCCUUUUCUUCUCAAUGUCCCGUGCCCCUAUUUUUUGGCUUGUCCCUUCACGCAAAAUUUUAACUUCAUAAUGAUUAAAGGCAAAUCCAAGAGAAGUAGCAAGACCACCACACCCCAUAUUCGACGAGCCCAGCCGGAGAAAAUUUUUGCGUGCGCACUUCUCUUGAGUAUAACAUCCAGCUAACGAAACUAUAGAAUAUAUCUGUAAAGCGUCACUUAUUCACAAAACAUCUGGCUAUGGCAUGACACAAGCUUUUUUUUUAAAUUUGUUUGAUUGGAAAACAUGGUCAAAAAGUGAAUCUUUUUCUUCAAAUCGCUGCCAUUUUGUGAAAUGUUCCAAUUUUGAAAAAAUUUGUGUCAUGCCAUAGUCAACGUUCCUAAAAUUAAGUUAAAAAAUUUUUUUUUUGUUUCACGGU